CGGCGGCGGCGGCGGCGGCCGGGCUUGCGGCCCCUCCUGCUCCUGCUGGUGCGGCGGCGGCCCGAGGCGGCGCCCAUGGCCGGGCAGUUCGACGCGGAGGACCAGGCGAGCUGGUACUGGGGCCGCCUGAACCGGGUGGAGGCGGUGGGGCUCCUGCAGGGGCAGCGCCACGGCACCUUCCUGGUGCGGGACUCCAGCAGCAUCCCCGGAGACUUCGUCCUCUCCGUCUCCGAGAGCUCCCGCGUCUCCCACUACAUCGUCAACAGCCAAGGGUCAAAUAAUCCUCCUAGGUUUCGAAUAGGGGACCAAGAGUUUGACUCCCUGCCAGCUUUACUGGAGUUCUACAAAAUACACUACUUGGACACUACAACCUUGAUAGAACCUGUUUCAAAAUCCAAACAUAACAGUGAUGUGCACCUGAGGCAGGAAGAGGCUGAGUAUGUGCGUGCUCUCUUUGACUUUAAUGGCAAUGAUGAGGAAGAUCUUCCAUUUAAAAAAGGAGACAUACUGAGAAUCCGGGAAAAGCCUGAAGAGCAGUGGUGGAAUGCAGAAGACAGCGAAGGCAAGCGAGGGAUGAUCCCUGUUCCAUACGUCGAGAAGUAUAGACCUGCCUCUGCUUCAGUAUCUGCUCCGAUUGGAGGUAACCAGGAUAGUGCGCUCCCACAGCCGCUGGGUGGGCCGGAGCCAGGUCCCUAUGCCCAGCCCAGCAUCAACACUCCGCUCCCCAACCUCCAGAAUGGCCCCAUUUUUGCCCGGGUUAUCCAGAAGCGGGUCCCUAAUGCCUACGACAAGACAGCCUUGGCUUUGGAGGUCGGUGAGCUGGUAAAGGUCACCAAGAUUAACAUGAGUGGCCAGUGGGAAGGAGAGUGCAAUGGCAGGAGAGGACACUUCCCGUUCACGCAUGUCCGGCUGCUCGAUCAACAGAAUCCUGAGGAAGACUUCAGCUGAGUAUGGCUCAACGGUUCUGCUUACAGAUGGGAACAAACACACUGUGUUCCACUGCAGCUGCCAUAGACUGUUCCUAGAUGUCAAAAGCAGUGUCACUUCUGCAAGACACUGAUAUUGUUGAAAUAUCCCUGGGACCCGACACUUAAAAGAGGCUUGUGUUUUCAGGGUACGAAACUCAAUGGCUUCUGUGCCAAAAGUGGCACAUAAGGAUAGGUAAAUCAGAGACAUCACUUCCCCUCUCCCCUCCCCUCCUCCCUGCUGGAAGUAGGAUUUGGCCACCUCAAGAGGGUUCUUGUGUAUGGCUUUACCAGUCCCAUUGCUUUGUCUGUAGGCAGCAAACCUGAAUGGUUAAGUAGGAAGCUCACAACUUGCUAAGCCAAGAAAAUUUCCUCUCUUUGGAUUGGAUUUGCAACUCCUGCAUCAUAACUGCUUGUUGCAUAAUAAGUACAAUUUGCACAUUGCAGGUGACUGUUUAAACAUACUAUUUUGAUACUGGGGUAGCUGUUGCAUAACUACCAUCAUUUGAAUGGGUUAGCUAUUGUAUAACUAUUCUGGGUUUUGGCUAUUCCCCAGAGUUCCCAAGAAAGGGGGUUUCAGAAAUCAGUCUCCAGUACAGGCAUAGCAAGUUACUGAUUUAAUUCCAGAAGUAGAGAUUAAAACCUAAAAAAUUAGGUAGACUGUUUGGCCGCCUUCUAAGUGCAGAGAACUAUGUUUGUUGCACUUUAUUCACUAAUAUGGGUAACGAUACAAGUUGCUGAAUCUGUUACAGAUCUGAGCACUACACUCCAGAUGUAACCUUUGAUGCGCUGCAGGAAGGAAUGGAAGUGCCUCAAAGUCUUUGCGUGCUUUUAUUCAUUCAGUAUAGUAAGAUAAGUAUUGCCAGUGCUUUUUUCCUAAAAAAAAUAAAAGGUUUAGGGGUACUCUCAUUCCGUCUGAGACUCAGGAAACACCGUGACAGGAAAUGAGGCCGUCAUCGGGGGUAGCAACGGAACGGACGAUUCACCGUGCUAGAGAAGAAACAAAUUUUUUUUUAAAAAAAGUUUCUUUUCCUGUUAGAUUCACAAAACGUUUAGGGGUGUGCGUACCCCCAGAAAAUAAGCACUGAAUAUGGCCAUCAGAAAUCAAAAUGCCAAAACCUUUUUUUAAAACCUGCUAUUUAGGUCUGUUUGUUUCCAUUUGUAAAGCAUUCACAUGAUGGCUCCAUGAAGAUCUUAUUUUUAAUAAACUAAUGGAAAUACUUAAAUGCUUUGGGAUUGAUUCUAAUUCACAAAAUUAAUUUUUAUCCCUUCACUUUUUCCACUACUUAAACAUCCAACUUUUGUGCUAAUAUUUCCCAGGCUGCUUCCCCCCCCCCACAUCCUUUUUUAAACAAUCCAACCAUCCACCCAGAUGCAGCAAUUGUAAAGAAGGCUUUUCUUCCUAAAGGAUAAAGGACUGAAAUGUCCUUUGGAUGAUCCCAUAUAAGUGGGGCGUUGUCUUGUUACACGUUGCAGUGGCGUAGCUGGAUCCCAGUAUGAAGACCAUGUGCAGAAUACACCACUGUGUGUUGGGCCCUUGGGGCUGGAACGCUGCAGUGGUCAUGUUCUUCACUUCUGCUUAAGUGCGAUUGCUUUACGUUGAAAGGGCAGUGCCUGCAGAGUAAUGCAAAUUGGCUGUAGAUGUGUGACGGCAUCAGGCAGGUUUUAGCAAAAUGCUCUUGCUGAUCAAUAAUUCAGGUUGGCAGGUAAUAUUCCUUCUGAUGGUGCUUCUUGCAUGUUUUAUCUAGAUCGUGCUUCCAAAUUAUUGGGCAAGCCGUGAACACAAUCAGUUGCCUUCAUGAACCUUCUUGGAUUUCUAUGGGGAACGCAGAUUAUUAUUAUUUAAUUCUGCUCCUUAACUGGAAUUUGAUAGUUGAGAUCUACCUGACUGUCUCUGUAAAGUUGACCAAUUCCUCAGCAAGUUCCUCCCUUUUCUUUUUACAGCAUUUCCUGUAAGAUAACAUAACUCCUUAUUAAACAGCUUUAGUACAUGCUACAGUCUUAAAAUCCAUAGACCUUUCUUUGCUUUUGUUGAUUUUAGUAGUUCCUCUUUCACACUAUUAAAUUUUGUCAUGGAACUGUAUUUUACAGAGAAAUGCAAUAUUUUUAAUUAAACCUUGAUGUGCUGCAUCUUUAAAUAAAAAAUAUAGGUAUUACAGUCCAUUUCAGUUUGGAACUGAUCAGCUUGGCAGAAGGAAGGGAACCAGCUUUUGUGCCUAAAUCAACAGUCCUCCGGAUGUUGCUGGCAUUCAGUUCCAGUCAAGCCCAGCAAACCCACCCAGUAGUGCAGAGGUGAUGGGAAUUGUCAUCCAACAACAUCAGGAAGACCCCCCACCCCUUCUCUUAAGUUGUGUGGGGAAAGUCCCUGUGUUUAAGAAUGCAACAGUGAUUGAGACGGAACAGAAAAAAACAAACUUCCAUUUGCUUCAAUGUUUGUGCUGAGUAAGGCUGGAAGGCAGGGAAGCAUGGAUGACAUUAAACUCCUGCACAAGAUCGGAGGCUGCUUUUUCUUUUCCACAGUGAAGCUCCUUCCUUCCUAGUUACUUCAGAGAUUUAAGACUGCGCCACUUGGUCAGUGUUGGGUGGUUAACUUGUGCUACAGCUAGCGUAACUCAUAAAGGUUUCUAACUACAGCACCGCCAACGGCUGCCCUGUUUUCAUUCUCUUUGGUGGAGUUUUGCAUCGGUAUACUGAACUCUCUUUGAAUGGGCUGCUGUGUAUCCUGUCUUCCAUCUAAGUCAAACCCAGCCUUUCAUACUAAAACUUGCUGUGGUUUAAUCUUGUUAAUCUGUUGGAAUUCCUAAUACUGCAAGUAUUUUAAUCAUCUUUAAUAACAUGCCAUUUGGAUGAAAGAUACUAAGUAAGCGAACAAGAAUCAAAAACAUGUAAAAAUGUGCCACUGUAUUAUAUAACACUACACACUUUCUUGACAGUUACUUUUUGUAGUAUGUAAUUGACAUGUGCAUAAUACGUGAAGUAAAUAAAAAUUGCAAAAACCGUA